GGGCGAUUGGCUAAUUCAUUCUAUGAUUUUAACGUAAAACAUCCAAUUCUUUUAUCAAGUUCACAUAUAAUUUGCAUUUUAAUAUUUAACAUGUAUCACCUGCGCCUUUUGCAUGCUGGACCGCAACUUCUACUUGCCACGAUUCGCCACCGAUACUAUCCUAUAGGCGGUAGAAACCUAGCCAAAAAGGUUUCACAGCAAUGUGUAAAAUGCUGUAGGAUCAAGGCUAUGACUGUUCAACCUAUCAUGGGUAACCUUCCAGAGCAGCGUGUGCAUUUAGAGUUCCCUUUCUUAGAUACAGGGGUGGACUAUGCUGGUCCUAUCAUGAUAGCUGAUCGCAAGGGUAGGGGCUGCAGACUCAUUAAGUGUUUUAUAUGUGUGUUUGUGUGUUUAGCAACGAGAGCUGUUCACCUCGAGCUGGUGUCUGACCUCACGAAAGACGCUUUCUUGGCUGCUAUGAAUCGGUUUAUUGCUCGCAGGGGGAAACCUCGUAACGUUUUUUCAGAUAAUGGCACUACAUUCGUUGGCGCAUUCAAUGAACUGGCUAAUCUUCUAUCGCAAAACCUAGAUUUCAAUGAUAUCGACACAGGUAUCAACUUUUCCUUUAUACCUGCAUACACACCGCAUAUAGGUGGGUUGUGGGAAUCGGCAGUCAAAUCCACCAAGCAUCACCUUAGACGUAUCUUGGGUUUAACAAAUUUAACCUUCGAAGAGAUGGCCACAUGCCUGAUACAAGUUGAAGCCAUCCUAAACUCGAGACCCUUAACUCCCUUGUCCAACGAUCCAACAGACCUCGUCCCUCUUACUCCGGCCCACUUCCUCAUUGGACGAUCACUCAUUAUGUUGCCACAUCCACAGAUCCAGAACGAGAACAUCACCAAUUUGCAGCGGUUCCGUCGCAUUGAAUACCUGAAGCAGCACUUUUGGCACCGGUUUUCCCACGAAUACAUUUUGUGGCUUCAAGAGAAAACCAAGUGGCGCCGUUCUUCCGGGGAACUUAAGGAAGGGACACUUGUCGUAGUCAAGGAUAAGGGGUCACCUCCUCUGCUGUGGUUACUAGGUCGAAUCGUCCACGUCCUACCUGGCAGGGAUGGAAUCACUAGAGUCGCCGACAUCCGCACACGUAAGGGUGUCAUUCGGCGAGCUUUUAAUACCAUCUGCCCUCUUCCAGUCACUACAGUUGAAGAUCCUUCAACGGGGGGAGUAUGUUGAGACCACCGUCUUCAACAUCGCCGCGCGCUGGCGGGAGUGAACGAGAGGAGCGGGGAGAGGGGCGACGGCCGCCCGCCCGGCUCACCGCGCGCCCGCCACCCGCGAGUCAGCUGUUAACUCACAAGACGAUCAUCCGCGCUCGCGCAUCCUAAACCCCUUUUUCUUAUUAUUUCGUUCCGUAGACGCGACACCUUUGUACCAGUAAUACAUUUGCUACAGCCCUUUUUAUUCGUAAUACAGUUAUAAAUACAGUCCACUCGAGUUUUACUGCCUUCUUCGUUGAACCAGCCACGGCACACCCCAACAGUUACUUAAUGAAUCAAAAACUAAAUGCAUUAGAUUCACAACACCAAAUGUUAGACAUGUGAAAACCAGCGUGCUAAUCAAGGGCGAGGAGUUGGACCCUGUAGAUUCAACUGUCUUUUUAGGUAUAACCCUGGACGCUAAGCUACAGUGGGCUCCACACGUAGAUAAGUUAUCGAAAAGGCUCAGCUCUGCAGCAUAUGCCGUUAAAAAAAUUAGAAAUUUGACCGAUGUAAAUACAGCGCGAUUAGUAUACUUUAGUUAUUUUCAUAGUAUCAUGUCAUAUGGUAUUCUCCUGUGGGGAAAUGCUGCUGACAUUCAGUCUGUCUUUGUGCUGCAGAAAAGAGCCAUUCGAUCAAUUUAUAAUCUUAGUCCGAGGCACUCUCUUAGGGAACUAUUUAAAGAAAUUAAUAUAUUGACUGUUCCCUCUCAAUACAUUUAUGAAAAUGUAGUGUAUGCUCACAAAAACAUUAAUUUAUUCAAAAAGUAUUGUGAUAUACAUAAUAUAAACACUAGAAGUAAAAACAAAUAUAUAGUUCCCACUACUAGACUUAAGAAAAUAAGUGGUUCGUUCAGAUGUCAAUGUAUACGCUUUUACAAUAAAAUUCCCAGCGAUAUUCAAAGUUUGAGCCUGAAUAAAUUUAAAAAUGUUAUUAAAGAAAAACUGUAUAGUAAAGCUUUUUAUAAAAUUAAAGACUACUUAGAUGAUAGUCAGGCUUGGGAGUGAGCCGUUAUAAUGUCCACACAGGUCAUGUUGACAUGUUUGUAACACAAGUUACAUUUUUAUACAAUUUGACAUGAUAUACAUUAAUAUCAUUCGAUAUUUUUUAUUUUUAUUUUUAUCAUAUUAUUUUUAAAAUUGUUAGUCUGAGGACCGUGUGAGAGUUUGCUUAGUUAUUUCACUUUUAGUUAAUUAUAUUCUGACAGUGUGAGCAUUUACGAGACCUGCCCAAGUGUUCUUUUGGUUGGUAGUGUUCGUCGGAUCAUUCAGCAACGGCCGUUGGCUGAGCUGAUUGUAAACUGACACAUGCGUACGGCCAUCUGAACAGGUCCGCUCAUACUGUUGUGGUUCUUUCCUCUAAAGACCACUACAGAACCAACUUGCACGGUUCUCUCACAUUAUCCUCUAUUUCAUUGUCUGGACUUUAAAAGAGACUGUGACCUCUGAGUUUGUUUCGGCAUUUCUUCUCAGAGUAGUCAGAUAGGAAAUGCCGGCCUCAUCUAGCUAUUUGAAAUAUUGACGUGUAAAAGUGUUAUUUUAUGACCUAUUUACAGAAAUAAAUAUCAUUUAUCAUUUAUUUAUCAUU